AUGGCUACACUGCUCGAUAGUGGUCUGUUUAAAUCAUUUUCUCAUGAAGCUUUCAAUAGUGUCAAAGAUAUCGAUGAAAGCUGUCGUGCAUCUUUGGACGAUGAGGUUAAGAAUUUGGCCCACUUAUUGAAGAAAUAUAAAUUGUCCAAUAUUUUGGGUAUAAGUCGUAUUCAUAAUCAUUUCAAAUUGAACCCAGGUGAAAUAGUCAAAGUAUCGAUCGGUUGUGAUGAAGAUUCAUCAACAACGGUUGAAAAAGAUGUAACUAUUGUUCGUUUAAAAGCCGUUCAGGUGACUGAUGAACAAGAAAAAUCGGUUCCUUACAUGUGGGCAUAUGACAGUGUGGAUAAAAAAUUGUUUCCGUUACAACAUUUUGAUCAUAACAAUCCAACAAUGAAAAAUCGACUAAAUCAACUAUGCACAAAAAUGGACGAAUUUAGGGCAUUUUCAGUUGAAUUUAUUCAAUUUAUUGAAAAAACUGGCACACAAAAUGAUUUUGGUUUUUACAUACGAUACGAAGAUUUGGUGAAAUUUGAUAAAAACAUCGGCGAAUUUUUGAUGGAAGAUACCGAUGUAGUGUCAAAACGACAAUGGAUGGUUCCAAAAACAACAGCAAUAGUCGAGGAAGAAUCAAAAAACCAUCCAGAAAAAACGAUAACAAUAACGCAUUGGUCAUUCAAUGAUGAUGGGACCGUAGACGGAACAAGUUGUGGCCAUUGUUGUGGACAUGGAAGUUGUGGUCAUUGUUGUUAUCAUAAAUAA